UUAAAAAAUCUUCCUGUUUUGGUGGAUACUUGCAGUAGCAAUGAGUGGUGGUUUGUGUCCCAGCAAAAGUACAGUUUACAUAAGUAAUCUUCCUUUUUCUUUGACCAAUAAUGACUUGCACAAAAUUCUUCAGAAAUAUGGAAGAGUUGUUAAAGUAACAAUAGUGAAAGAUAAAGAAACCCACCAAAGUCGAGGAGUUGCUUUUGUUUUAUUUUUAGAAAAGGAAUCUGCCUUCAAAUGUGUUAGGGCUUUGAACCGAAAAGAAUUAUUUGGAAGAACUCUAAAGUGUAGUAUUGCCAAAGAUAAUGGGAGGACAACUGAGUUCAUACGUCGAAAAUAUUACACAGAUAAAACGCAAUGCUAUGAAUGUGGUGAAAUAGGUCACCUGAGCUAUGUUUGUCCAAAUAAUUUGCUUGGCGACAGAGAACCAGAAAAAAAGAAAAAGAAGAAAAGGUUUCAGAGAGAUGAUGAGUCCAGUGAGGAAAAUGUAUCAGAUGAAGAUCCAGGGGAAGAUCCAGCACUUGAAAGUCUUAGUGCUGUUAUCAAGGAGCAGCAAGAAAAGAUUGAAAAAGAAAGACAACAAAUGAACUAUGGUGAGAUAGGUCUAUUUUCUAAGGACGGAGAGACUUCCAUACAUUCUGCAGUUGCGCAAAAUUCAAAAUCUGGCGCUGCUCUGAAGAAAAGAAAAUAUAAAAAGAGUGAUUACUUUAGUGACGAGGAAGAAGUAGAAGAAGAUUAAAGAUUUUUGUGCAAUACUUGAUAUUAAAGCAAAAAAAUCAAGUAUGUACUUAAUGUGUAUAUAUAUUUUGUAAAUAUCAAUAUGUAAAUAUUUAUACCAUGAUGCUGCUUAAAUGUAAUAAUAAUUUAAUCUAUUUAAAUUUCAACCAUGAUUCUGCCAAUUGAUCAAGUUCUGUUUUUGCUUGAAUAGCAAUUUUUAAAAGUAAAAGACCUAUGAAAAUAACAUAG